GCUUAAUAAACACAGUCGAGAGCGGAUAUUAAGUAUUUGAGAGCGAGUAGCUAGAGAAGAGUUACAGAGAGAGAGAGAUUCAUGGCGACUUCAAAGCUCCAAGGGCUGUGGAACCAUCCCGCCGGCCCUAAAACCAUUCAUUUCUGGGCACCCACUUUCAAAUGGGGCAUCAGCAUUGCUAAUAUUGCUGACUUUUCUAAACCACCGGAGAAUCUUUCAUAUCCUCAGCAAAUAGCUGUUGCAUGCACUGGAGUUGUAUGGUCACGCUACAGUACAGUCAUCACUCCUAAGAACUGGAAUCUGUUUAGUGUCAACAUAGCAAUGGCAGGGACAGGCCUCUACCAACUCUCGCGGAAAAUACGGAACGACUAUUUCUCUGAGGCAGAACCAGCUGUUGCAGGACAAUGAUGACGAAAACUGUUUGAACCAAUUGUCGUCAUGGGUGCAAGGAUUAUGUUGCCUCUUUCGUUUGCUUUGAUUUUAGUUUCAUAGAUGAGGUUCCCUUCUUUGGAGGAUCUUGGAUAGGAACAUCUGAUGUACUGUGGGUUUUAUGUUCUUUUAGUUAUGUGUGAUCUCGUUUAACGAAUAUGGAACAGUUCACCAGGCAAACGUUCAUGAUUGGAGAAUAAAUGUGCUUCCCAUUUCUUAGCA